AUGGCUGCCCGCGCACAGCGUGCCCAGGUGCCGGCUUCUCCGAAGGCGCCAGCGGUCCUUGGUAGAUUUGCUGACUUCGAGCGGGUGGUCUUGUUGCCGCCUUGUGCGACACACUGGUCACAGCAGCACUCGCCUGCUCCAGAGGAGAAGGCAGGGAUGGCGGUUGGAGGGAUAGAAAACAGGAUGAUAAAACAGGUAGGAGGUCCCUGGAAUCCUUGGGUCAGAAUUGGGAUAGGUUGGCAGAACGACUCAACCAUGAUCCUCAUGGUUCUCAUGGCUCAGCUGCUGCAUGUUCCGGUCAUGAUCGCGGUGGCGGGCCUUACAGUUGUCAGCGAUGCCUGCCGAGGGUAUCUCGCUUGGCCAAAGGAGCCGGCAGACCUGACAUCACGCAUCGCCGAGUUAAUCGGCAAGGAGCGGCCGGACCUUUUUGUCCUGGUACUUCCUGGGCCCUGCGCGGCGGAUGCCCAGGACAUGUUUGGAGAAGGGUUUGACAUCUUCGCAGAGCUACAGGUGCAGCCACAGCUUGUUGCGAUCGUGUUGGCAAGGAGCUCAAAGGCUGGGCCAUCGGCAGCACCAUCGCCGUUGGCGCCCCAGCAGGACGCUAGCCGCGGGGCCGAGGUUCUUCUCCACACGGUGCGAGGCGGCCAUGCUGCUCAGAUGCAGCGGGCCGUGUCCGCUGCCCUCCAGGUUGAGGAAAGCCAAGGAUCCAGAGCCUCAGAGUGUUACUUCGCGCUCGCUCGCCUGUUGGAUUUCAAGCUGGACCUCUUCGUCCUCUGGCGCCGUGCAUCGGCACCGGCGAGCUCCUUCAAUGCGGCCGGGGAGCGCCUGGCGCUGCGUGUGGGAAGUGCCGUGGUCGACAUCUUCAUCUUUGCGGACAUGCUGGAGCCUACCAAGAUCGAGAAGAGGCUGGUGCUGGCACCCACAGGAGCUGGCAAGUCUACAUGGCGCACCCACGCGCCCGUGUUCUGCCCAGAAGGCGAGGUUCUGGAUGAAGUGACCUUCCAUCCGGCCUACCACAGGCCUGUCCGGCUCAAGCACGGAAGCUGGCUUACGAGCGAGGAGCCCGCACCCGCGAUCUUCCUCCGGGAUCUGCGGCUUCUACGACGAUGGCUUCGUGCAGACAGCCGUCGACGGGUGACAUUCAACUGCAGCGGCGAGGUGCUCGAGACGGCCUGCGAGCUAAAACUCCUCCGGCCCGAGGAGGUGUGCGUCGUGCUCCCGCACGAGGUGGUGCACCACCGCUUCAUUUCCGCUCGAAAGGCUGCCUUGGAUGGAGUUCCCAGGACCAAGAAACUCAAGGUGGAUCCGUCGCUGUCGCAAUGGGAGGCGGGACCGCAGCUGAAUCGGGAAAUGCUGCGGACUGCAGCUGAAAAGUGCGGCAUCAGUGCCUACACCUCCUUCGCUGGGGCAAUGGGUGCUUCAGUCCACAUCUUUUGCAUGCUCAGGAGACAUCAAGGCUCCAGCGAGGAGCCCUUCUUGGUGGAGCCGGCGUUGGAGCAGCUCCAGGCCAAGCACGACCUGACCAUGGCCUGUGGCCGGCGUAUCGUCGACUGGAUCAGCAAAGGCGGCAGCGUUGCUGAGUCCAGUGACCUGCAGGGAGCCGGUGAGCGAGCAGUCUGGCAGGUGAGCGCAGAGUUUUGCGACUCAGACACCUACAUCGUCAAGAGCACAUCUGGCUUCCUUCUGCUCACGGAUGGGCGCACCCUGAUCAGUGCAGAGGAUCCUUAUCGGGAAGCUUCUGAAGUCUUCUGGUCCCGGUCUUCUGACGAAGCAGAGACGGCGGAAGAAAGUUUUUGGCUCUGCGGCCGCGAUGCUGGGCUGCGCCUUCAUGCCCGACGGUGUACGGGAUGUGCGUCCUUCGACCCACCUGGGCCAUGGAGGCACGUGCUUCGCGUGGACCGCUUGGCAGACGAGGGCGAUGUCAUCCUGUGGUACCCGGGAUCUUUCGCGCCCUUCCACGUGGGCCAUCUGGAUUGCUUGCGAGCUGCACGGCAUGGGCUUCAACAAAGCGGCAUAAAAGUUGCAGGUGCCUAUGCAAAGCCCCAGAUGCCACGGAGCUUGCGAUAUAAGAAGCUAGACGAGCAUGGGGCAUCGAUCUUUUCUUCCGGCCCCGUCCGACUGCGACUUCUGGAGCUCGUCGCUGCCCAAGAGGACUGGGUCAUGGCGGACCCUUACGGAGUACUUCGUGGGACUGGGAACAAUUUCCAGGACCUUCGAGCCUUUCGUGCCAAUUUAACGGCAUCGCUUGCGCGACUGGGAUCAGGCGCUCGUUGUCGUGCAGAGUGGGCAUCCUCUGUGGAGAUCGUUUGGGUAAUCGGGGAUGAUGCCUUUCCACACCUCAGAGACAAACUUCUCAGCAGGGAGGACGUGCCCAAGGACGAUGCCCUGAAACAGGUGGGCCCCAUGCGGAUGUGUGUCGUGCACAACAGACCCUCCCAGUGGACGGCACUUGGGAUAGAAGUGACGGCACCUCCGGAGUUCUCGGCGGACCUCAGCGCGACGGCGGUGAGGCAGAAGUGGCGACAGAGAGCAUCCGAGGAUGAGUUGGUGGAGCUGAUGGGGAGUCAAGCCGCCGCCCACUAUAUGGCGAGCCUGCGGCAGCAGUCUUGA